AGGGGGGGAUCUUUGGUGCCACCCAUGCAAACAAGUGUCCCCUGGGCCACCCAAUUUUACAUGCCCUGGACACGCCACUGUGGUCCUGGAAACCCUUUAGUUGUCCUUAUUUGUUUAAAAUAUAUUCGUGUCAUUGUAAAUCAGUGGUAAUAUUAGGUUUAAUUUCAGAGAAAUCAUUUGUGAGCGCGCGCCCUUCCCUCUCUCUGGACCUGGAGCAUCCGGGUCCUGCUGCCUCCUCCUGUGAUGAGCCUGGUGUAGCGAUGCACGUUCCCUCAAACCUGCACCAGAAGUUUGGUUCCUGCAUACACUGGAUGUGGUGUAGCUGUUCCAGAUGCAACUUACGAACCCAACGAUAGGGCAUCGGACGAGUUUAGAACUGAAGAGAUCAAGAGUUUGUGCCAGAAAGCAGAAGCAUCCUGUUAUCAGGCAGCACCUGAGGCAGCCUGGCCCAAAGGAUGACUAGCCUGUUCCGGCGCAGCAGCAGCAACAAUGAAGGGUCUCAAAGCAACGGAAGUGCAGGAGGGUCUGGAGGCACCCACGGACAGCUCAACAACAGCAGGCCCAGCCAGCAGGUCCGGCGCCUCGAGUUUAAUCAGGCAAUGGAAGACUUCAAGACCAUGUUCCCCUCUAUGGACUAUGAGGUGAUCGAGUGUGUGCUUCGCUCCAACAAUGGAGCUGUGGACGCCACCAUUGACCAGCUUCUUCAGAUGAGUAUUGAUGGGCAAGGUUCAGAUGACAGCUCGGACUCGGACGACAGCAUCCCAACAGAGAUCUUGGAGCGAACACUAGAACCUGACAGCUCAGAUGAAGAACCACCUCCCAUUUACUCUCCUCCCACGUAUGACGUGUACCCCCAGGUCCCACCAGCACCUCCGUCCAGAGUGGAACCCCAUGUGGCCGGUCACAAUGAUGGUAGAAGCUUCAGAAACUGGAACCCUCCUCUUCUCGGGAACCUUCCAGAUGAUUUUCUGAGGAUUCUGCCGCAGCAGUUAGACAGAAUCAAGCAGAGUGGUCUGGCUCACCCUUCAUCCUCCUCGUCAGAAUCCGUAGUGAGUCAGUGGACAGGCCGACCCAGUGGAGGUGCAGGAACCACCGAAGGCUCCAUACCAGAAGCUGUAGAACGAGACCAUAAGCUGAAGCAGUACCUGGAAGACGAGCGCAUCGCCCUGUUCCUGCAGAAUGAGGAGUUCAUGAAAGAGCUGCAGCGAAACCACGACUUCCUUGUUGCUUUAGAGAGAGAUCGCUUGAAGUAUGAAUCGAAGAAGUCAAAGACCUCUCAUUCAUCUGGUGUGGAGACUUCAACAGGUGAGGAACAUCCUGCAGCUUCAACAGAGGCAGCCUCAGACGACGCUCUGUUCAGAGACAAACUCAGACACAUGGGCAAAUCAACUAGGAAGAAGCUGUUUGAAAUUGCUAGAACAUUUUCUGAGAAGACAAAAAGAAGAAAGUCCAAAAGAACCCUGAUGAAGCUGCAUUCAUUUGGCACAACCAACUCCACAGCCAGUCUCCUUGAGGAGGAUGAGAUCAACCCCAGUGAGGAGGAUGGCCCGCCCAGAAGAGUAAACGCAGAGGAACGGUCUGAACUACGCAACGAGCCAAUAUGAUGGUUCUCCCAUGAUGCACCAUUUCUCGUUACCGUGGAAAUGGCAGCAAUCUGACACAUUGGUGGCACUUCCUGUCCUAACGUGAAGCCUAAACGAGGACUCAGUAACUUUACAUUUAUAGAUCAUCGUAAAGGACUUUCUCGGCAUUAUUACUUGAUUAUCCAGUAUUAAAUGUAAAAAGUUUGCAUUGAACUGUUUUCUUUAAUUAGCCGAGAGGAACACCAGCGUCUUUACGUGAGAUUUUAAAAAUUAUUUAAGCCAUGCUAAAGCUAAUAGAUGCACUGAGCACCAUUUUUGGUGAACAACCCGUAAACAAGGACAGGACGCGGAGGAUAACGGGGUGACUUAGCGAUGGCUAAAGCUUCAUACAGAAAACUCAAAGGUGGUCCUGAAAACAAAAGCUGUGUUCCUCUUGUUUCACAGCAUUUUUUAUCUACUCUAACUUUUUAUUUCAUGAAUUAAAACAAACACUUAACUGUGCUGAGAUGCAUCAGCCCAGAUGUGCUGCAGCUGGUUAGCUCCUCUGCUAGGUUUCACAAUCAGCCACAGACUCUAAUGUGAAUAACUGAUGUUGAAGUUUAUAAAAUGCCAUUUGCAUGAAUCACCAUGACAUCUUGGAGAUUACAGACUGUGGUAAUCCACCCUGUAACUGGACCCGCUGUUGACUAGCUGUUUGCACAUCAGUCCUCUGAGAACAAAUCUCUAUUUCUCCUAACUGAGAGGAUUUGUGUUAUCGUGCCACCAGCUGUUCCAAACCCAGAGGGAAGGUGGCAUCACCUACAAAAUCAGACAGCAACAGUGGUGCCAGAAAGAGAGCAACCAGGACAUGGCUAACGUAGUCUAUAUCACCCCCUAGUGGCUGGCUGCGUUAUGUAGAGUAACAUGCCGGGGCUGCAUUCCCCAGGAUGUUGCCCUAAUACGCAGCUGUAGGAGCGGCCUGCAGCUCGCUGACCUUCACCGUCCCAUCCUGUGCUUAGACAAACCAGAUAACAGAGGGUGUUGGAGGUUUGUAUACGUUCUAAAUGUGGAGAACGUGAACGGCAUCGUUUCUGUGUAGCCAGGCUACAAGCAGCUAGUGACCUUUUCCUCGACCACAGCGAGUGUUUGUUGGUACUUCCUGUCAGACACACAUCUAAUGGUCUAACUGCACAGCAGGAAACCUCAUGCAGACCAGGCGUCAGCCCGGUGCCAGAGUUCUGAUUGGUUAGCAGCGCCAUUGUCUUCCACUGCCACGAGUGUUCUGUGCUGCUCGGGAUUGAAGGAAUACCGUUUGUGUGACUGUCCAUUCAUUUAAGUGUGGAUGAUUUCUAGCAGGUUUUUUAAUUGGUUCAUGUUUCUGACCCCCCCCCCCCCCCGUGAUUUUAAUCACAACUUUCUAAUUCGUUGUAAAAUGUGCAGCGACGUGUGUGUGCUGCAGGUUUGAUCAGAGGUAGGGUCAGACGUGUGUGUGCUGCAGGUUUGAUCAGAGGUAGGGUCAGACGUGUGUAGAAGUCUUCUGUUCUGCAGGACCUGGUCACACACCACCUCACCACUCAGGUUGUUAUCACGUUUGUCCUCUUACCUUCUGGAACGUUUGCUCUGUAAAACCAUAGAUAUUCAAUUAAAUCUUUUCCAUCUAUGGGAGGGAAAGAAUAUCUCCAGCAAGUGGGCGGGGCGGCUAUGAGCAAACGGGUGGCGCAUUCGACUGCUGACCCAUAGGUCGUGGUUCAAAUCCACCCUAGUAGGGGCCAAGACAUCCUCGGACAAGAUGUCGAUCCCCACAGUUGGAUCACUUGGGAAACCUUUCUUCCCACACAAGAUAAUAAAAGAAUAUAUAAAUAACGGUUUAUUGUUCUGUCUUUAGGAUUUCAGCUGUUUCAGUCUGAACUUUGACCUCCAGCGGUUCUGGUUCUUUCUGAACAAUAAUGGGUUCAUUCUCAGGAAAACUUCCUAGAGUCCGUUCUUCCAUUAAAGUGGUUUUCACAUCCUGUAAACAAACUCCGUGCAGUUCCUCAUGCUGGAAGCACAGCGGGGUUUAGUACACGUGAACAACUGGUCCUGUAGUUUCUGCAGCAGCUCAUCCUGGAGGAGUCUCCCAAACCAAGCUGAACUCAUUCUGAGUCAGAACCAAGUGGAUCGUGGUCAUGUUGGAUUAUUUGGAUGUGAAAUGUCAACUUUACUAUGUUUAGUUAGCUUUAAAGAAUAAAAAUGUCCAUUUCAACAGAAAAGCAGUUUAGUUUACUCAUUUUAAUAUCAGUAACUGUAUCAGGUAAUUAAGGUGCUUAGUGAGGCAGAUGAAAUAAAUGGCCUUUAAGGGAGAGGGAGACCUGGCUGCUUUUAUUUUGAACCUGAAUCUAGACGUGUCAGUAAAAGGAAAUGAUUACUGCUAGAUUUGUGUUUAUUAGAAACAUCUGGCUAAGCAGAGACCAUGGUCUGAUUUGUUGUGUAACUUGUUUUUUAAUGUAUACAAAGUUUGUAAAUGAAUAAAAUGAUCAAACUGGAA